GGUGAACGCGACGAAGAGGGCGGGCCAAGAGCUUGGCGGCGGGGGUGGUGGUGGGUAGUGAUGGCUCUCGUGGUGUCCAUGGCAGUGCUACCCAUGCCCGCCAAGGCCAAGAUUGACCUCUACAUGUCGAGCGAUGAAACGCAUCGUCUGUUAGGUCUUGUGGCUGAGCUGUACUAUGUCCGGGAGGGCGUCAUUAACAGCUACGCCCUGGACUUCACCGUUCCAGUACCGGCCAACUUUACCUAUAUCUACUUCACUUGGAGGAGCACCAUUAAGAGGCCUGUACAGUACAUGGCACACAUGGAGUACGACAACGGAGAAGCGAUGGCGCUCCCCCAGCUCAAUAUCUCCAAUAAGGGACUCGUUCCUCCCAGACCAGAGACCUUCAGGAUUUCGCUUCCGUGUUCAGGUCGAGUCGAUGCGGAAGUGUUGGUGAAUCUCCACUUGAACAUCACCACCCACAGCCGGGAGCCCAACCUCACCAACAUCACCAUCAAAAGGAAAAAGAUUUGUCUUAAAGAAUUCGCCCCGAGGAACGAGAGCAUCUACCUGCGGCCGGAGUGGAUGUCUAGCUCCCUGGGGAGUCUGUACGUGGCCAUGGGCUGCGCCUGCACCUUCACCGUCCUGGUCAUCACCAUUGCUUCCGUCCUCUAUCUCAGAUUCAAGAGGGCCAGAGAACAAGGGUCGUUGACUUGCCGAUACUACAGCGGCGCAGGAUUCGUCGGAGACAACAGCGGAGUCCCACCUUCCAACAGCGGCGUCCGGGGAGGAACCUCCUUGAAAAGCAGCUCCUACGCCACCAUCGCCUCCUUCAAGAAAGUCCCCAUCCUCACCCACCAGGUGUCUGGAGUAAGUGGGGGCGGAGACUCCCUGCACUACGCCUCGUCCCCCCUGUCGCAUGUGUACUCCCAGCCUUACUCCCCGGCGCACUCCAUACCGGCCUCCAGGCACUCCCACGCUUCUUGCUGUGCCUCAUCGCUCCACUCUCAGGCAUCUUGGCACGACCCGAGACAGAUGGAUCCCAGCGAACGAGUUCGACAGCUGACCAUAGACAGAUGGAAGGUUGAAAUGGGAGAUGUCCUUCAGGAGGGAACUUUCGGCCGCGUACAUCGAGGAGUGUACAGGGAUCCUUACGCUCGGGCUGCCCUGUCGGUGAUCAUCAAGACCGUCUCAGGCGAGGCUUCAUCGUCACAGGCCAGGAUGGCAGUCCGGGAGGGACUGCUGCUCGCCGGCCUUCAUCAUCAGCACCUUCUGCCUGUCCUGGGCGUCUGCCUCGCGGAGCCGCGUCACCCCCUUCUCCUCUAUCCACAUCUGGGACUUUCAAAUCUCAAGACAUACCUACUUGGCUGCAGCCGGGGGUCAGGCGAGGGCGUGAAGCUGCUGACCCGUGACGUGGUUCAUAUCGCCAUCCAGGCCUGCUUAGGUCUUAUUUACCUCCACCAGCAACGACUUCUCCACAAGGACGUUGCCACCAGAAACUGCCUGAUCGACUCGGAGCUUCAAGUCCGCGUCUCAGACACGGCGCUCGCCCGAGACCUCUUCCCGCAGGACUACCACUGCCUGGGCGACAACGAAAACCGACCGGUCAAGUGGCUUAGCCUUGAGGCCCUUAUUCAUAAACAGUUCACUCCUGCCAAUGACGUGUGGAUGUUUGGUGUUUUACUGUGGGAGUUGACGACUUUGGCUCAACAACCCUACAUAGAAGUGGAUCCUUUCGAGAUGGCUGCCUACCUCCGUGACGGCUAUCGCUUGGCUCAACCCAAUAACUGCCCUGAUGAACUAUUUGGAAUGAUGGCUUGCUGUUGGGCGCCUGCCCCAGAAGAUAGAGCCACCUUCCCUCGACUCCUGUCCUCGUUGCAGGAUUUCUAUUCCACACUCAGCAAAUAUAUAUAAAGAUGAGCUUUGGCAACCCUCUGGAAAAACAAGGAGCUCUGAAGAAAAAAAAAAAAACCCGCUAACUCAGCACCGAAUUAUGAAUUAUUUUGGUUGUGCAAGAGAGAAUAAAUAAAGUUAUCCCUCUCUACAGUCAAACUGAAUGUAUCCAUAUAAGACUAUUACCGGACCUACGCUUUUGUGUCCGGAUGUCCUACCGAGGUGCAUAUUAGAAAAAAAUAAAGGAGCAGAAUAAGAAUGACGACAACGAUGUGUCUUUUUGUUUUCUUGUUUCUUAAUCAUGUCCCUGCCAAUGGAUUCCCCUCCUACCUUUUGUAAAGCAUGUGUCUAUUUUUACACCAGUCCCAGACCCCGAACCCUCCGUGGCUUUUCGUUUCAGAUACGGUAGUCUUAUGUCAUAUGCAUGGUGCUAAAUCUUUAGCAGAGUUGCUAUCAUAAUUCAUAGGCUAGACUGAUGACUUUUUUUAUGACUUUUUUUUUUUUUUUUUUUUUUUGAGAUAGAGACAGUAACUCGUGAAAUCAGUCUUGAAAGUGUUGAAAUAUCCUUCGGAUUUCAUAUGUUCACCAAAAUAAAAUAAAAAAUAAUGUCUUCUAAUUCUAAUCUAAGUGUUUACUUUGAAUGUAUACAAGACAAACCAAAGACUGGAACGAGGAAAUAUAGUAGAGGUUUUAGGAGGCUAGCUGAGAAAAGUCGAAAUGGUUCGAGAUAUUUUCUGCUGCUUAAUUGGCACAAACGUUGUAGGAAGUAAGAGGGAAAAGUGCAGAAAAGUUGGAAACAAAAAUGGAAAAAUGACCGCCAUUGAACGUCGUUGGUUCUGCGUUUAGAUUUGGCUUCCUUUAGUGAGGCCGAAGGGAAAAAUGAAAAGUCGGUACUAGUCGGGUGUGGAAAGAUGGGCGAACGAGCAGCAGCACCAAAAGCGGAGAGAGAGAGAGUGGAAGCGCAGACAAUUAGCGUUUUAGCACUGUGUAUUGUUAUAUCUGUGGAACGUAAAGAUUAGUAUCAUUGUUUAUCUGUUUAAUAUACAGCAAUAUUUAUAUAACAUUGUUUUAUAAUCAUGCAAAAUAAAAGUUGCCAUGAGUC